GGAGCCUCCUGCAGACGUCAGGAACCUGCUUGGCGAGGGCCGCCAGCGGCGCUGCUGCUGCUGCUCCCCGGGCCACUGAGGUUGAGCCGGGGCCGGGGCCGGGGCUGGCUGGCGAGCCGGCCCCGCUCAGCCGGAGCCAUGUCCUAGUCGCCGAGCCGCACCUCCACGCCGCGCCGAGCCGGGCGGGCCGGGCCGGGCAGGGCCCGGGCUCCCGCCGGCCCCGCUCCUGGAGUACAGGGAGGAGGAGGAGGUGGCGGCUGCGGCGGCGGAGCUGCUGGCAGGAGCCCGGGCCCUGGAUUGGGGGACCCGAGGCCGGAGCAGGAAGCUCAAAGAGGAAGUGACAGCUAACAAGAUGAGUGUGACAUCAUGGUUUCUGGUGAGCAGCAGUGGCACACGCCACCGGCUGCCAAGAGAAAUGAUAUUUGUUGGCCGGGAUGACUGUGAACUGAUGCUUCAGUCUCGAAGCGUGGACAAACAACAUGCAGUAAUCAACUAUAACCAGGACAAAGAUGAGCACUGGGUAAAGGACCUUGGCAGCUUAAAUGGGACGUUUGUGAAUGACGUGCGCAUCCCUGACCAGAAAUAUGUCACUCUGAAACUCAACGAUGUAAUCCGCUUUGGCUACGAUUCUAACCUGUAUGUGUUAGAACAUGUCCAGCACAAGGUCCCCGAGGAGGCUCUGAAGCAUGAGAAGUACACCAGCCAGCUGCAGAUGAAUUUUAAGGGCACGGCUGUGAAGCGUGGGGACCCCCCACCAGAUCUUGGUUCUUAUUCUGAAUCCCCACAGGCCAAACCAGAGAAGGGAGACCGGAGACCUGUCCCAGAGCCAUUGACCUACCGCACUCCACUAUAUGGGCAGCCCUCAUGGUGGGGGGAGGAUGACGGCAACAACAAAUUGGACAGGCCAGAUGACCAGCAUCAGGAAGACCAUUAUCCAGAGAGGACCAAGGAAAUUCCCCAGCAUGAGGAGGUCAAUGGAAACAUUCCAAGCUACAGGGAUGGGCAGGAACCAUCAGCAUUCACCUUCCGGAGGGAACCGAGUUAUUUUGAGAUCCCCACGAAAGAGUUUCAACCCGUCUCCAAGUCUGUGGAGGAACAGGUUCAUGAAGUCCCCACGAAGGAUGUGGAGCCGGCAGGGGGUGGGGCACCCCCAGUGGUGCAAAGCCAUGCCUCCUUCACCAUUGAAUUUGAUGACUGUAGCCCUGGCAAGGUGAAGAUCAAGGAUCACGUCACCAAGUUCUCCCUGCGACCUCGGCGGCCCCUUGUGAAGGACCCAGCGCCUGCUGACAUGGUGUCUGCCCAGAGCAAGGUAGCGCAUUGGUUAGUCCAGAAUGAUCCUAGCUUGAUACGAAGGCCAGGACCUGGGGAGGAUGGAUACAGCACCAAGAGUGACCUGCCUGUUCAUGUACGGACACUGAAGGGCCACCGGCAUGAGGAUGGCACACAGAGUGACACAGAGGAUCCAACGGCAGCCUCUUCUCUAAAGGCAGAAAAAGAGGCUUCCCCAGUACCUGUGGCAGAGCCCCCCACGGGGGAACAGGUCCGACUGCAGCGGCAGAUCAAGCGGGACCCCCAGGAAAUGUUGCACAACCAGCAGGCCUUUGUCAUCGAAUUCUUUGAGGAUACACCCCGUAAAAAGCGUUCUCAGUCCUUCACCCAUGUACCAGCUGACCCCAAAGCAGACAAGCGCCGAGUGCCAGGGCCCACUGCUGUCUGUGGGGGAAUGGCUGCCGUCCCAGGUCCUGCCUCAGGCCGAGCAUCUGGAAACCCUUCGGGCCCCCAGAGGGCCAGUUCACUCAAGCGAGAGAAGACGGAGGAUCGGAUGGGUUCAUCCUCAACACCUCCCCGCCCAACACAUCGACUCUAUGGGAGUGUGGGGCGCAGGUCCCGGAUGGCUCAGGAUUUUGCUGCUGAGUACCUGCGGGAGACUGCUACAGCAGGGAGGCCAGGCCCAGAAAAGCAACCACCAGGCUUGCCCACGCCCCUAGCUCCCCGUGUGGUCAUCUCAACAGCUCCCCCAGUGCCCCCAUCCUCCCCAGCUCCGGUGGUCUCUGACCCCCAGCUGGCCAAGUCCCGGAAGCAGGAAGAGGAUGACAGUUUAAGUGAUGCUGGCACCUACACCAUUGAGACAGAGACUCAAGAUAAGGAAGUUGAGGAGGCACGGAAAAUGAUUGACCAGGUUUUCGGGGUGUUUGAGUCCUCUGACUUUUCCAAGAUGACCUCAGCUACCUUCCGCCCAGUUAUCCGUGGAGAGAAGGAUGAAGCAGGCUCCUCCCCACCCCCUGUGGCAGAAGCAGGGGUGGCUCAGCGGCUCGCUCUGCUGCAAGAGUUUGCCUCCAGGACCUCAGGCCUAUCUCCUCCAGGCGAACCCCAGGUCCUGCCAAUGUCAGGCUCUCCAGGGAGUCAGAAAUGGGUAUCCCGUUGGGCCAGUCUGGCUGAUAGCUACUUGGAUCCAGGACCAGGGCCUUUGCUCCCUGAGUCAAACCCCUCUGGCCUGGACUCUGAGACGGAUAUCACCAACCACAAAGUUGGGGAGUUGGAGCCAGCCUUGCCUUCCAGAACACGGAGACUACUCCCCCAGCUACCCCCAAGUGAUAAAGCAGAAAGUCCUGUGUUGACUGGAUUAAUGGGGCCAGAUCCCUACCCUGAAGUCAGUAAGAGAAAUGCAGCCAAACAAUCAGCCUCAGAGUCCUACGAGAACCCAGUAGACCACUUGUUCAUCCAAGAGGAUCUGGACCCAGACAGUCUUAGUGAUGGAAGCCAAUCAGAUGAUGGUCUUGGGCCCAGGGAGAGAAAGAGUGAGAGUGCCCAGGGCCCCGAGUGGCCUCGGGGCCAGCAGCAUUCACCUGUGACAGAACUCCAGCAUAACAAAGCCAAGACAGCAGGGGAGCCGGCCCCCAUGUCCUUCUAUAUUGGAGAUGAUAACAAGGAGCCCAGCUUUCCCUCCAAACUCUCCCGAAGCCCCCCAACCCCCCGAGCCAACAAGGAGCCUGUGGAUCGGGCAUCAUCCCCCUUGCGGCCAGUCAGCAGCUCCCCUUCCUUGAGGUCCAGAGCCAAGGAGGAGAAUGGCACAUAUAUCAGCAUGACGGGGAAGAUGACUAUUUCCCUGCAGACCAACCAGUCCCCAGAACAAGAUAGUUCGGCAGUGGUGGCAAAGGAGGCCCUAUCCUUCGUCCGUCAAGAGAGCUUUACCAAAGAGCGGGCAAGCAGUGGCAUUGCCCCCAACAGGCUCCCCCACAUAUCCAGCCAUCCCCUCCUGAAGGACUUGGAGGCUGCCCGGGCUACCCGCAUGGACUACCAUACUCAGGAUACGCACUUAAUCCUGAAGGAGACAGAGACGGCUCUUGCGGCUUUGGAAGCCAAGAUCCUCGCCAAGUCCCCCGGGGAGGAUGCCAGGAACAACCCUACACAGCCAGAGGAUUCCUUAUCAGGCGAUUCUGAUGUAGACACGUCCAGCACUGUUAGCCUUCUCAGUGGGAAGAAUGGCUCCAGCCAGACCCAGAAGGUCAAGGUGGUGGUGGGCAAUGGGUCACAGAAAGAGCGGCCAUCGUCUGCACCUUCAAUACAGGAUUCCAGCAAUGGUGGUCUUGUGCCCAGUGCCCGAGAGCGGCUCUCUGAGAAGCAGCGUCGCCCGGGGCCAGCCCCAGAGGGAACUCGGCGCUUCCAGGUUAAACGUAACAAUGGAACCCGUGGAUCUCUGGACUUCACAGAUGAUGAGCGGGGGUCUGGUCACCCCUACACACCCAGUCCAGAUGCCGUCACAUCAGAGCCUGAACAUCAGCCAGCAGCAACGGUCAGACCCACACCCCGGAGGAAGCCCACGGCCCCGCCUCCUUCUCCUUCUACCACCAAGGAAGAACAUGGCCGGGUCUCUGCCAACGUGCAGAAGGUACAGCAAAUUCUCACAAGGUCCAAUAGCCUGUCCACCCCACGGCCCACUCGGGCCUCCAAGCUUAGGCGGGCGAGGCUUGGGGAGACCUCAGACAAUGAGGGUGCUGAGAAUGAAAGGGCCACCGCGUCCAAUCCUGAGGCCACGGCCAAGCAGAACACGGAGGGCAAGAAGCUGUCCCGCCUGGACAUUCUGGCCAUGCCCCGAAAAAGGGCUGGUUCGUUUACGGUGCCCAGUGAUUUGGAGUCAGCCCCAGCCCGGACAGGCUUCUCUGGAAGGAGCGUUGAGUCCUACUACUCAAGCCGAAAGCCGACCAUGUCAGAAGCUCGAGCAGCCGCCAGGAAAACAGCAGCAGCUGUGGCUGCCGCAAAGCAGCCUUUCAACCGGGCUCGCUCGGGCAGCGCCCGGUAUUCUUCCUCCUCUAACUCCCGGCGGAGGCAGCAGGGUUCAGACUGCACAUCCACCUCGGAGGAGGAAUACGGCUCUACCCACAGUUCUCCCAAACACAAACGCUCCCAUGCCUCAACAGCCACUCAGACCCUGAGGGCCACUGGCCAGAGCCGGCCCAGGUCCUACAAUGGGCGGGACACGGAUGAGGAUGAUGAGGAUGACGAGCCUGAGCACUACAACUUCAUUGUACAGACAGCAGAAAUCGCUGAGAUUGCCAGGUUAAGCCAGACUCUGGUGAAAGAUGUUGCUAUCUUGGCAAGAGAGAUCCAGGAUGUGGCCGGGGAUGGAGACUCCCAGAGCUCCUCAGGAACUGGCCGUGGCACCUCACUCAGCUCUGUCCCCAGCACCCCAGCAUCCACUAUCUCUGCCAGAGAGGAGCUGGUACAGCACAUCCCAGAAGCCAGCCUCAACUUCCAAAAGGUGCCACCUGGUGCCAUGGGUUUGAAGGACUUUGACCAGAACAUGAAUGACAAUCGGGAUGACAAUUAUGCUUGGAGGACACGGCCCAGGAACCGAGAAGAGGUGAUCUUUGAUAACCUGAUGCUGAAUCCUGUUUCCCAGCUAUCGCACACAAUCCGGGAGAACACGGAAAACCUUGCAGAGAAAAUGAAGAUUCUCUUCCAGAACACAGAGAAGACCUGGGAAGACAUGGAGGCCAAGAUCAACUCAGAAAAUGAAGUGCCCAUCCUGAAGACAUCCAACAAGGAGAUCAGCUCCAUUCUGAAGGAACUAAGGAGAGUCCAGAAACAGCUAGAAGUUAUCAAUGCAAUCAUUGACCCCACUGGGAACUUGGACAUCAUGACUGGCAAUAGGCUGUCUUCGGGGUCAACGCUAAGGCCAGCCAGUAAGGUCAGGACUGCUAAUAGCCCAGCCCCUCCUACUGAGGAAGUGGUGGGCUCCCUGACACCAUCCAUGAAAAACCACACUCAGAACUCCACCUGCAGCUCAACCCGACUCCAGGACGCCACCUUCCUUCCUGAGACAGAGAAGUUUGUGAUAUGAAGCCGUGUCCCGCGUCAUUGCCGCUGGCCACCAGCCACCUGUGAUUCCAGUGGUGUGGUAGUGUUGUAUGUGUGUAUGUGUGGUUGUGGGCUGUUGUGUCAGUCAUUGGCACUUUGUACAAAGAAAUUGAGCCGAUUGGGCCUCUACGGCGGUUGUUAGACAACUAGCCACAUCAGAUAUCCCACAUGUGCCAAAACUAUAGCCCAGCUGUGCACCUCUUCUGGGCUCCUCUGCCCUGCCCUAGUCUAGUAAUCACACCCUUCUCUUUCACUCGUCGUCCAUGGCUAUAAGGUCUUGGCCUUGAUGAUGUGUUCCAUCCCUUCCCAGAGCCAUGGACACCCCCUAAUGUUGGGUCUGAAUAGAACAGGUCAUGAGUUUGUGGAUCAGAUCCAGUGGCAUGGGAUGGGUAUCCCAGUCCCUUGAUGAGCAUGCCCUAUAUCUUUGUAUUAGCACCAGGCUCUAAGAUUCUACCCAAAGGGGGACACCAGAUAAGCUUAAGUGGCAUUAAGGUUCUUCUAGAUCUGCCUUUGGACUGACCGUGGCAUCAGCUAGGCCUAGAGUCACUCUCUGGUCAAAUCCUUGUCCUUUUAGCUCAAUUUGAGUCUUGUCUUAGCCACAGGUUUUUCCUUACCUUUUACAAAGAAGGAAAAAAGUUUGCUCUUAGGAAGCCGGUGUCCCUUAAGGGCUAAAAAGUCAUCUGCAUGUGGUUCUUCAGGGAACAGGUGCCCUUCCCAUAGGCUUUGGCCAGAUUACACAAGGAAUGAGCCCUCCUGGAUCUAGCCCCCACAGCAACUUAAAGGAUACCAGCACAAUUGGGUCAAACAGUCAGCAGCAGCAGCAGCAGCUAUUCAGUGAAUUCUUACUCAGUGUGCCAUGCCCUGUGCUCUUGUUCUGACAAGGGGACAACAGUGAAAGGAAACCCCCUUCUCUCAAGGAGCACACAAUCUGGGGGUGGGGGGAGACAGGAGAUAGAAGCCCAGGCCCUGAUCCAAAGGAGUUCGAUCUCUGGGAGAGACUUACGUAUGGGGGACCAUUAGGGAAUCACCCAGGAUGGAGGAGGAGUGCUGCCCAUAAAUGUGGGAGCUGUUCAGUGGAAGGAGAAGUUGGUGACAUGUGGGGUAGUCAGAAGUUUCAGCCUCCUGGAAGAUGUAUACAUAUGGACACAUGUGGUCCUUCAUUGUUUGGCUUCAUUUGGAGGAGACCGUUAGUGGUUACAGGGCCAGAUACCCCCUUAUCCGUCUCCCCCCAACAAUCCUAUCCUGGUGAGGGAGACCAGGCUGAGCAUGGGGCUGGGAGCAUCAUGCUCCCUUGUGGUGCCUAUGUUAGUCAGACAGUACUGGUGGCUCCCCCGUCAUACCAGGAGCUGGUCAGUCCCAGUACUAAGAGAUCAGGAGACAAAAAAUUAUAGUUGUUCACAGCAAAAAAAACCCACCCUUUGUAGCCAUUCACCCUGCCAAAUUGCCAGGCAUUCAGGAGAGACCCAGUGCCCCUUGCUCUGCACACUCCUUAGAUGGCCUUCCUUUGUCCCGGCAACUCUAAGAUGAGCAGACAAGGUGAUACAUAGGUACCUGUCCAGAAUGCAGUCACAUGUUCACCCAGACAUGCAUAUGUAUUCACAAGGGCACAAUGCACUUACAUAUAACAUGCAUGUAUAAGGCACGCACAAAAGUAUACUGCACAUAGGAGCGCAGACAUGUGCAUGUACAAACAUAUGUAAUUGUAGACACACAUCUGGUCUGGUUUUUCUGGGUUUACUGCAGAAUCUUCUCUCCAGACUUAGUAGUGGUGGUUCUGCCUGGUCACAAUGAGAAUGCUGGCAGGUAGGCUGAUUGCCUGGGGGUCUCAUCUGGCCUGGGAGGAGAGGUAACCCGGGCUCCACUGAAAGCCAAAGUGAGCCACUUCCCUGAGUUGAGUCAUCAAUAAAUGGGAAUGUCAGAUUGUGGUUCCUGAGGCUGGAGUCCUUGCCUAUCCCCAUAUUCUCCUAUACCUCAGGGGAAAACAGGGCUGCUCUGUUCCACCUGUUUCCUGGCCUGACCCCCAGCCCCAGACUCGGGACACCCCCUUGCCCAUAAACCUGCCCUAGAGUCUGGCUGGCUGAACUUGGGGAAAUAUCAACAUUGGGACCCUGAUUUUACUAAGCAGGGCCAGGCCACUAGCGGGCAGCCUUAUGGUCAGCCAAGGUCAGAGUCAAUACCCCUCCCAGUUCUGGGGUUGAGGCACCUUGGAGUCUGUAGUUGGGAGAGAAUGAUGUAGAGGACGUAAUCCCUUUUUUUCAUCUCUUUCUUCCCUUGCCCAGGUCCUUCCUCAAAUAGCUUUCUUCAAAUCUCCCCCAGAGGGACACAAUGAAGAGCAUUCUUCACUGUGAGCCCUGCUCCUUCCCCAUCCUCUGCUGCUUUCUGAAUUUUCAGGAAUUAUAUACCAUCAUCAUGACUGCCAAAAAGUGAUGGCAUGGAAGUUUGAGCUGUAGGAAGUGGGGAGGAUGGGAGGGCAGAGUGCACACCACCAUUUCCUGUAUGACCUUGGGCAAAUUGCUUGGCCUCUCUGGGCUUGGGUUGGGCUCUCCAUCCUGUAGCAUGGGGAGAAUGACUCCAGCCCCUCCUUUCAACCUCACAGCGGUGCUAUGAGGAUGAACCAGGUGCCUGGGAGUGCUUGGCAAAUCUCUAUAGACGUCAAAUGGGCCGUUUGAAUCUGAACCCAAAAACUUGGAUUGGAGUGUGGAGACAUUUUUACAGCAUGAAUAUUUCCAUAGGUUUUUUUCCAGGCUCUUCUCAGAUUCCUUGCCAACAGGGCACAUGCUAACUUAGUUGGGUCUGUUACACACUUUUUCUCCCUCAGUUUCCCAACCCAGCAAGCCAAAGAGCUAGCCCAAUCUCAUCCUUUCUUGGCUUUCCUUCCCCUACCCAGACCCAGGUGAGACCAGGACACGGACUCUGGGUGUGUGUUCCCCCCUUCUCCGUUCACCAGGCAUCCUGAAGGUCAGGCCUCAGAGGAGAGCAGAGUUUGCCAGCAGAGACUUGGCUGGAUGGUGUUGGAUGGCCCCCUUAACCCCCUCCUUCAUUAAUCUAGUCUAGGAUGAUUAGCUAUAUUGAUGAGUGCUUGAGGACAAAGUCCUCCUAAUGGUGCAGAUACUCUGAGAAGGUCCAAGUGGCCUGGCAGAGUGUGAGUCUGAUGGUAUCCAAUGAUCUGAGGGUUUUUGAGCCUAUGGCCAGCUCAGGAGUGUUUCUAUGUUUACAUGCAGCUGUUUAAGAGCUCUGUCUGUUUUCAAACUUUUUUUAAAAGACUAAAAACAGAAGAAAGUGUAGACAGAUAAGUAUAUGGCUUCUCCUGGUUCCUUUCUCUGCUUCCUAAUUCAGCCUUGGCAGCACCCCUGGAAUAUGCUCAUAUUCCUCUGUGGCCCCCUCCAUGACUGGAUAGACUGAAGCAUGCCUGUGGUGAGGGAGGGGUCUUGCUCUCUGCUGCCUGGUGCUUCCUCAUUGCUGACCCAGCCACUGGGUGUAUAUAUAUAAUGAGAGAGAUGGCUAUACCCUCUGUCUUGGGCCAGCCAUAUGCAUGAGUGUGUCUGUGUACCUUAAAAUGAUCAAUGUCCAUCUCUCCUCACUCACUGACUUGCUCUGCCACUGGUUGAUUCUCUGGUUUUCCACCCUACUCCCUCUCCUCCAUGAUAGUUGUAUAAUUUUUUGUUUGUUUGUUUUUUGGAGGGGAGGAAUUUACAAGCUCACACCUUUCUCUCCGGUUUGGUUUGUUUCCCCUUCCCCUUUCCGCUGAAUGGUAAUUUAUUUUGUCUGGAUUGGAGGCAGUAUCUGUACAUUUGAUUCCCAGGUGAUACUGUAGAUGUCUUUAAGAAAAUGGGUUAUUUUAUAUAAUUUUAUCAUAGAUUGUUCAAAUAAAUCAUUCUUUUGUCACACA